UGUCAGGGUUUUGUAUGAGAAGCUGUAAUCUUUAUUCCUGCUCUUGGUGGUCAGACUACAAGAGUGUGUGUGUGUGUGUGUGUGUGUGUGUGUGUGUGUGUGUGUUGUGUGUGUGUGUUUUGGAUUUUUUUCAUUUUUUGUCAAAGCUGAGUUUGGACCUCAUUUUGAUCACGGAACGCAUCCCAAUCAAGUUAGAGCAUGCUGCGAUGCCUUCUGCAGUCAGCCAGGAAUCUUCCCAAUGUGGAAAAGAAAGACAGACACAGUGACCCAGUCGUGACUCUGAGUUUCAAAGGCGUAAAGAAGAAGACCAAGGUUAUUAAGAACAAUUUAAACCCUGUCUGGAAUGAGGGUUUUGAAUGGGAUUUGAAAGGAACACCACUGGAUGCAAGUUCGGAGAUCCAAAUCGUGGUGAAAGACCAUGAAACGAUGGGUAGAAACAGGUUUCUGGGGGAGGUACGAGCCCCCCUGAGGGAUGUCCUCAGCUCCUCGAACCUCGUGGCCAAGUACAGCCUGGCUUUGUUGGACACAAAGAAACAGAACACUGGGGCCAUCAUAAUUCUGCAGGUCUCAUACAUACCUCCUCCAGGGGCUGCACCUUUAUUCCCGCCAGCACCAGUUCAACCUGAGGUGACAGCGACAGAAGCGUUAGGGGACACUGAUGAACCCACUGGUAAGAUGGUCAGAGUGUGUGUUGUUGAAGCACGCCAACUGCCAGGUAUCAACAUCAGACCGGUCAUUAAAGUUACAGUUGCUGGCCAAACCAAGACAACAUGCAUUCGUAAGGGAAAUAAUCCCGUCUUUGAUGAGACAUUUUUCUUCAACUUCUACGAGACACCUGCUGAUCUCUUUGAUGAGCCGAUUUUCAUCAUGGCCUAUAAUUCACAUUCUCUGCGUAUGGACUCAGUGAUCGGAGAGUUCAGGCUGGACAUUGGGGCAGUUUAUUCAGAGCCAAAGCAUGCCUUUCUCAGGAAAUGGCUCCUCCUCUCUGACCCUGAUGACCUGGCUGCUGGGGCCAAAGGUUACCUGAAGGUCAACCUCAUCGUGCUGGGACCUGGUGACGAAGCUCCUAUGGAGAAGAAAGAUAGUUCUGAAGAUAAGGAAGACAUUGAGGGGAACUUGCUCCGACCCAGCGGAGUGUCACUGAGAGGAGCCUAUUUCAUAUUGAAGGUUUACAGAGCAGAGGAUCUGCCACAGAUGGAUGACGCUGUUCUCGAUAGUGUGAAGCAGUUCUUUGGAUUCGACAGCAGCAAGAAAAACCUCGUCGAUCCUUUUGUGGAAGUGAACUUCGCCGGGAAGAUGGUUUGCAGUAAGAUCAUUGAGAAAAACGCCAAUCCACAAUGGAACCAGAGCCUUGUAUUACCGAUCAGGUUUCCAUCCAUGUGUGAAAAGAUGAGAAUCCGGCUCAUUGACUGGGAUCGUUUAACCCACAAUGAUGUGAUUGGCACAACUUACUUAUGUAUGUCGAAAAUCUCUGCCCCAGGAGGACAGAUCGAAGUGGAUGAUGGCCUGGGAUACCUUCCAUCCUUCGGACCCUGCUUUGUGAAUCUGUACGGCAGCCCCCGAGAGUUCACCGGCUUCCCCGAUCCAUACGUUGACAUGAACCUGGGAAAGGGUGAGGCGAUGGCCUAUCGAGGCCGAGUCCUGCUGGAGUUGAGCACCAAACUUGUGGACCAGAUGGAGCAGAAGAUCGAGGAGAUCCCAUCGGACGAUCUCUUAAGAGUUGAGAAACACCUCCGCCGCCGUAAGUUCCACCUGUGUGCUGUCUUCUAUUCAGCCACCAUGCUACAGGAAGUGAGCGACGCCAUCCAGUUUGAAGUCAGCAUCGGUAACUACGGCAACAAGUUCGAUGCCACUUGCCUGCCCUUGGCCUCCACCACCCAGUACAGCCGUGCAGUGUUCGAUGGUUGCCAUUAUUAUUUCCUACCCUGGGGUAAUGUGAAGCCAGUUGUGGUGCUGUCGUCAUACUGGGAGGAUAUCAGCCACAGGACUGAUGCACAGAACAUCCUACUCAACGCUGUAGGCAGACUUGAAUCCAGUCUGGAGCUGGUCCAUCUUGCUAUCAAGGCGAAAAGCCCAGAGAGUGAAGUGAAGAGAAGAAUCGAUGAACUAAUUGAUAUUGUCAUCACUGACUGCAGCCUGCCUCUUCCCAGUGUACCGAACAUUCCAUCAGCAACCUGCCUGGACGGUCAUAUCUACAGAUUCCGCACCACAAACCUACUACAGAUCACGCAAGCUGCAGAGAACAUCAAACAUAAGGACAGCGUAGAUCUGCAGUUCAUCCUGGAUCAGGCUGAGGAUUGGCUUGUUCAACUCAAAAGCAUGGCGGAGGAGCCACAGAACAGUUUGCCUGACAUUGUGAUCUGGAUGUUGCAAGGAGACCAGCGAACUGCCUAUUACCGAAUUCCUGCACACGAGGUUCUCUACUCCCGGAGAGCUCCGUACUGCUCCGGGAAACACUGUGGACAGAUUCAGACAAUCUUCAUGAAGCAUCCACGGAACAGCUCCAAAUUCGAUAAGAUCCCGGGCCAGGUACGAGUGCGGAUCUGGUUCGGGUUAGCAGCAGAUAACAAGGAAUUUAACCAGUUCACCGAGGGCAAGCUGUCAGUGUUUGCAGAAACGUACGAAAACCAGACCAAGUUGGCCCUCGUGGGGAACUGGGGAACGACUGGACUCACCUAUGCCAAAUUCUCCGACGUCACUGGAAAGAUCAAGCUUCCCAAAGAUUCCUUCCGGCCUUCAGCGGGCUGGGCUUGGGCAGGAGACUGGUUCGUCUCUCCUGAGAAAACCUUGCUCUACGGUGUUGAUGCUGGUCACAUGACAUUCGUUGAGGAAGUGUUUGAAAAUCAGGCCCGGUUGCCGGGGGGACAGUGGAUCCAAAUGUCUGAGGCCUACACUGACAUAAACGGAGAGAAGGUGUUACCUAAGGAUGACAUUGAGUGCCCCAGUGGCUGGAAAUGGGAAGAUGUGGAAUGGUCCACUGACCUUAACCGAGCUGUGGAUGAACAAGGCUGGGAGUAUGGAUUCACCAUCCCACCGGAUCGGAAGCCCAAAUCCUGGGCCCCGGCAGAGAAGAUGUACCACACAAACAGGAGGCGUCGUUGGGUCCGAAUGCGCAGGAGGGACCUUCAACAGUUGGAAGCACUCCGCAAGACCAAGGCUGAAGAUUUGGAGAUCGAAGGCUGGGAGUACGCGUCUCUCUUUGGUUGGAAAUUCCACCUGAAGCAGAGGAAGACGGAUAGCUUCCGCCGUCGUAGGUGGAGACGCCGCAUGGAGCCUCUGGAGAAGGCCGGACCUUCUGCAGUCUUCGCUCUGGAAGGUGCACUGGGCGGUGUGACAGACGACAAGAGUGAGGAGAAAUCAGUGUCAGCCCUCAACCUGGGUGUGAAUACACCCACCGUCUCCUGUAUAUUUGACUAUGGAACCAGAUAUCAUCUUCGAUGCUACCUUUAUCAAGCAAGGGAUCUGAUUGCAAUGGACAAGGACAGCUUCUCUGACCCAUACGCUAUCGUCUCAUUCCUGCACCAAAGCCAAGCGACUGUCACGAUGAAAAACACCUUGAACCCCACCUGGGACCAGACACUCAUCUUCCAUGAAGUGGAGAUUUUCAGUGAGACCAGCAUCAUCGCCAGUACCCCUCCCAACAUUGUGGUUGAGUUGUAUGACCAUGACACCUAUGGAGCUGAUGAGUUUAUGGGGCGAUGUAUCUGCAGACCAUCUCUUGAAUCCUCCCCAAAGUUGGCAUGGCACCCCGUGAGAAGGGGCAACAGAAAUGCAGGGGAACUUCUGGCUGCCUUUGAGCUCAUUCCACGGGAGAAGGAGGAUGACACGGACCUGCCUUACCCACCCCCACAGCGGGAACCCAAUAUCUACAUGGUGCCCCAAGGGAUCAAACCCGUCCUGCAACGCACUGCCAUUGAGGUUCUAGCCUGGGGCCUGAGGAACCUGAAGAGCUACCAGCUAGCGAGCGUGUCCUCUCCCAGCCUCAUCGUGGAGUGUGGAGGGCAGAUGGUGCAGUCCUCAGUCAUUAAAAAUGCCAAGAAGAAUCCAAACUUCAACAUGUCCAUCCUGUUCAUGGAAGUGCGUUUACCAAAGGAGGAACUGUAUUGUCCAGCCAUCACUAUCAAGGUGAUUGAUAACAGGCAGUUUGGAAGGCGACCUAUCGUUGGACAGUGCACCAUCAGGUCCCUGGCGGAUUUCUACUGUGACCCUUAUGUGGAGAAGAGGGAUUCUGCUGCUCUACAGACUGAUUCAGGAGACAACAUGGGUGAGUUUCCGAGUCAUAAACAAUCCACACAGAUUUCAUUUGCCAACCAGUGUCUGCAUGAAAGGGAUAAUCCCAUGCAUUAUGACAGUCACUUGGAGAGUGAUUGGAGAGCAGAGAUCAUAGUCAGAGGUCCUCAGAGUGUGGGGGCAGGGAUGGGUGCAGUAGCCAUCACUAAGGAGAAGGAAGACGAGUUUGUAGACUGGUGGAGCAAGUUCUACGCAUCAACGGGUGAGGCCAACAAAUGUGGAACGUACCUGGAUAAAGGCUUUGACACACUUCAGGUCUACAAUGUUGAGCUGGAGAAGGUUGAGGAGUUCGGGGGGUUAACAGAUUUCUGCCGUACCUUCCCUCUGCAUCGUGGGAAGGCUCAGGGUGAAGAUGAGGAUCCUUCAGUUGUGGGAGAAUUCAAGGGAAGCUUCAAGAUCUAUGCUCUUCCAGAAGACCCGUCUGUGCCCAACCCUCCUCGCCAAUUCCGCCAAUUACCAGCCAGUGGACUCCAGGAAUGUCUAGUCAGGGUUUAUGUUGUCCGAGCCUUUGGACUGCAGCCUAAGGAUUCGAAUGGAAAGUGCGACCCGUAUGUGAAGAUUUCCCUGGGUAAGAGAUCGGUCAGCGACCAGGACAACUACAUCCCGUGCACACUUGACCCAGAGUUUGGAAGGAUGUAUGAACUGACUGGAAACCUCCCCAUUGACAAGGACUUGAAGGUCACCCUGUACGACUAUGAUCUGCUGUCAAAGGAUGAGAAAAUCGGCGAAACCGUGAUUGAUUUGGAGAAUCGUUUCCUCUCUCGAUUCGGAGCUUGCUGUGGCUUACCUCAAACCUACUCCAUCUCAGGACCAAACCAAUGGCGUGACCAGCUCAGACCAAGCCAGCUCCUUCACAUCUACGCACAGAGGCAAGGCUACAAGCUGCCUGUGAUCACAGAGAGUAAGAUCACUAUGGCAGGCGAGGAGUUCCUUCUGUCUGACUUUGAGGAUGGGAAGCCCCUCGGCAUGCACCUAGGACCCCCCGAUGAGCGCCUGGCUUUGUAUGUGCUCCGCAAACAGGGCCUGGUUCCAGAGCAUGUGGAGACACGGGCAUUAUUCAGCCCAUUACAGCCUGACAUUGAGUUUUAUCUCCGUUGUAUCAUAUGGAACACCAACGAUGUAAUCUUAGAUGACGUCAGUAUCACAGGAGAGAAGAUGAGUGAUAUCUAUGUGAAAGGUUGGCUUCUGGGCUAUGAAGGCAACAAACAGAAGACAGAUGUCCACUACAGGUCAAUGGGCGGUGAAGGAAACUUCAACUGGAGAUUCGUCUUCCCUUUUGAGUAUUUGCCGACCGAACAAGUCUGCGCCAUUGCCAAGAAGGAGCAUUUCUGGAGCCUGGAUAAGACACAAACGAAAAUUGCACCUGAGCUCAUCAUCCAAAUCUGGGACAACGAUAAAUUCUCCUUCGAUGACUAUCUGGGGUCAAUUCAGAUGGAUCUCAACAGAAUGCCCAAACCGGCCAAGUCUCCCGAGAAGUGUGGUCUGAUGGUGCUCGAGAGCGGGAAGCAUGUCUCUCUGUUUGAGCAGAAAUCGGUGAAGGGUUGGUGGCCCUGUGUUGCUGAGUCACUAGGAGAGAAGACUCUUGCUGGCAAAGUGGAAAUGACCCUGGAGAUAGUGACAGAGGAGGAGAAGGAGGAGCGUCCUGCUGGGCAGGGCCGCGAUGAGCCCAAUAUGAACCCGAAACUUGAGGAACCAAAGUAA